GCGCCCGUGCUUGCCGGUGCCGCCGCCUUCUACGGCGCCCCGGCCUCGCCGGCGGCGCUGGGCUGCCCGCCCACGGUGCCCGAGGACGCAACCACAGCUGGCCUUCGCGUCGUCUGCUCGAGGAUCAGCGCCGACGGGAACGGCUGGAUCUCCAAGCUGCAGCUGAUCCAGGGCAUGCAGCGCGACCCGGAGCUGGCGCAGCUGGUGCUACCCGGUGUGGACAGCGGCUCCCUGCUGAGGAACGAGGCCGCCUUCGACGACCUGGACGCCAUCUUCGUGACCAUCGCGGGCGGGAAGUCGCGCAUUAAGCAGUCCGAUUUGGUGGCCUACCUUCGCGGGGCUUCGGAGGAGCAGCCGUCGCGGCCGCCCUGCGUGCUGCAGCGCCUCUUCAGCCUCAUCGACGCCGAGGGCACCGGAUCCGUCUCCAAGCUGCAGCUUAUCGACGCAGUGAGGAAGAGCCCAGAGGUGGCAAGCCUCGUCCUGGCUGGCGUGGACGGCAGCCUGGUGGGCAGCGACGAGGACGCCUUCGAUGCCGUGGACCGCCUCUUCGAGGCAGUGGGCGGCGGCAGAAAGAGGAUCAGCUUCGCCAGCUUCCGGGACUACUUCCACAGCGCCGCGGCGGUGCAGCCCCCAGUGGCGCGCACCUACACCUCCGUGCAGAGGGAGCGCAGCAGCAUACGCGUCUUCCUGCUGGACCCCGGCGGCCUCUAUCAGAUGGCAAACCGCCCGGUGGUGGAGCAGGCAGGCUUCCAGGUGCACUGGUGCACACGGUUCCCGCCGAUCGAGCCAGCAGCCCCGUUUCCCUGGCAGCUGAUGCCGGAGCUCAAGGGCGAGGUCGACAGCGUGCAGCCGCACGUGCUGAUGUGCGCCUCGAAGGCGGCCAUCUACGGCUUCGGGCUCUGGCAGGCGGGGGCCUGGCAGGGCCCGACCGUCCUGAUCAACCCACACCCGGUCUGCCAGAGGUUCCCCCCGGGCAUGCCGGUGGUUCUCGCUCAUGGCGGCAUCGACGAGACCUUCAAGAUCCCGAGGGUGGACCUCGAGAAGAUAGUCUACGCCGACCCCGACAGCAAGUCGUUGCUAUACUACGUGGGCCAGAACCUCCACCUCGGCUCCACCCUCAAGAAGUACGACUGCCUCGGGCGGCUGGUGGACGCCGCCGUGUGUCCAGACGGCCCGGAGACGUACAUGAUGCGCAGCUGGCGGGAGCGCAAGGCCCCGGAGCGGAUCGAGGCCGAGCGCGCGCUGGGCUGCACCCUGGAGCAGGUGCGCAAGCGCUGGGCGUCCCAGGGGCAGCGAGGCCGCGACAGCCAGACGCUCUACGACGUCCCGGCGGACAGCGAGGAGUUCGCGCACGUCGUGCGGGCGUUCUGCGCUCGCCCGCCGGAGCCAGCCUCGUACCCGGGGCGCCCCGACAGCAAGUUCGACCAGGUGCAGAUCACAAGGGUGCAGCGGGUGGAGAACGGGCUGCAGGUGGACGGGUGCUCGAAGCCGUACAUGGAUGCCCUGAGCCGCUCGCUCGAGGACCAGGGGAUGGAGUUCGAGCCUGGCGUGCACACGUGCUGGGCGUUCCACGGCUCUCCCGAGGUGGACUCCAUCAUCACCAACCCCAUGGCGGGCAUCCAGCCGCUCGCCUCGGGCACGAAGAACUCCACGCUGUGGGGCUCUGGCACAUAUUUCGCGCGCGACGCCAAGUACGUGGCGGACGGGUGUUUCGACCUCGCAGGCGGCACGCGGCCGCCGGACGGCGUGAGGAGGAUGCUGAUGUGCUUGCUGGUCACGGGCAUCCCCUGCCUGGGGGACCCGGAGCAGAAGGGCGUCCUGCCCUUCCGCAAGUACCCCCACCGCUUCCACGCCUCCGUGGACUCGCUGUCCAGCCCGGAGAUCUACGUCGUGCAGCACCCGGGAGCGGCACACCCGGGCUACGUGGUCACAUUUGCAGGCGCCUGA